AAAAAAAGCAACCUCGUACCGCUGCUGCUGACGGCUGCGUCUGGACCUUCCCGGCUGUUACGCCGUUUCUGAAACCAGGAAGUGGACGCUUGCCAACGUCAACUACGAGUUAGCCGUUUAGUUUACGCGAUGAGACAACUUCUAAAUUGGAAAACAUAAAACGCGGGGUUGUGAUUUAUCAACCAAAGAGGUCGUUUGUGUGCCUAGGCAGUGUUUCGUUUUUUACAUGAAGGUACAUUUCACCGUUACUUGAGAUAGGGGAGCGCAAAAAAAAAAAAAAAAAAAAGACUGCUAGCCAGCUUGUUGUUUGGCCAUCUGGCAGAAUUGUCGACGGCUAACCGUUGACGUUAGCGGGUGUUGUGAUGGCUGUGGCGCAUCUGAACGGCUGCGGGGCGGUAAUGGCGCUGGUGGUACUGCUGUCGGGGUGCAACGCCAGGAUACACAAGCUCAGCCUGAAGAAUGAAACACGGUUCACUGUUGAUCUCAACAAUUUUGGUUUCUUUGCAAACGGAACUCUGGAUGUGAGCCUGUCUUCCCUGUGGCUCGACGAAACACUUGUCAACUACAACCUCUAUCCAGUUGGUUUUAGCCUGUCCAGGUCACGGGUCAAUAAAGUGUUAUCCUACACAGCUGAGGAGACUGAGACGUGCCCGCUCACGAUAACAAAGCCAACCGGUGAUGAGCCUCUCAUUCUCUUUCUCAUUGACAUCAAGAAUCUGAGAGUCAACGUGAGCGCCAUGGGUGUUCAAGAUAAUGUCCUGAUCGCCAAAGCCAAGUCGGGUGAAGCGAAAGAAAAAAGGGUUGUUAGAGAGAGUGCUCCUGAAAAUGAGCCGAAACCAGGUGACCAACCGGAGGCAAAGUCAAGCCAGACAGAAGAGCAAAAAGAAGGUAAAAAGGAAGAGGCACCGGCGGAUCAACAGAAGGAACAGCAGCCAGAAGAAAAGCCAAACCCUGUUGGGGAAGCUAAGAAAGUGGAGGGAACCACAUUCCUGCUGAACAAGACAACCAAGCCAGUUUUAGCCCUGGACAAAACUAAUGGCUUCUACAACUUCAGCUUCCAGUUGGUGGUUGGCCCAAAUGCAGAAGGUCUUUACAGCCUAAGGUUCCACUACUGUCAGAACCGGUCGCCUGGGAAUAAGCGGCCUUAUUCUCUGACGGUGGACGUGAUAGAGAGGAACCCAGGGAGCUACCUGUCUGCUGCAGAAAUCCCACUGUCUCGCCUUUACAUAUAUAUGGCUGGAGUCUUCUUCACUGCUGCCAUGGUCUGGGUGUACACUCUUAUGAAGCACAGGUACAGUGUGUUUAAGAUCCACUGGCUGAUGGCUGCGCUGGCGUUCACCAAGUCCACAUCUUUAGUUUUCCACAGUAUCAACUAUCACUUCAUCAACACCGAGGGACAUCCUAUUGAAGGCUGGGCCGUCAUGUAUUACAUCACGCACCUGCUGAAGGGGGCUCUCCUGUUCAUUACGCUGGCGCUGAUUGGCACAGGCUGGGCUUUUGUCAAAUACAUCCUGUCUGACAAGGAGAAGAAGAUCUUCAUGAUAGUCAUCCCUCUGCAGGUCCUGGCUAAUGUUGCCUACAUCAUCAUAGAGUCUACAGAGGAAGGCUCCAGUGAGUACUAUCUGUGGAAGGAGAUCCUCUUCCUGGUCGACCUCAUCUGCUGCGGAGCCAUCCUGUUCCCCGUCGUCUGGUCGAUCCGUCACUUACAGGAGGCGUCAAGCACAGACGGGAAAGCUGCCAUGAAUCUGGAGAAGCUGAAGCUGUUCAGGCAUUAUUACGUCAUGAUCGUGUGUUACAUCUACUUCACGAGGAUCAUAGCCAUUUUGCUGAAGAUCACCAUGCCCUUCCAGUGGCAGUGGUGCUAUGAGUUUCUGGUGGAAGUGUCAACUCUGUUCUUUUUUGUGCUGACGGGCUACAAGUUCCGACCAGCAUCCAAUAACCCCUACCUGCAGCUUCCCCAGGACGAAGAGGACGUGGAGAUGGACGAAGUAGUGACAGAGUCGGGUGUACUGGAAGGAAUCUCCAAAGUGAAGAAGACGUCUAAUGGACGCGAGCGUCAGAAAGAGCCCGCCCUGUAAGCAGAAAGCUGCGUCUUUGAGAGGGACCAACGGAGCAGCCCCAGGCCAGCUGGGUGCCAGGGGGCCCAAACGGACCACGGCUCCCCGCUUCCACUGACAGCUCUUUGUUUAAAACUCUUCAAAGUGGUUGCAAAGCUCGUGCCCACUGUCUGGCUAUGCAAAAAAAACAAAACAAAAAAAAAACCUUAUAAUUAUAAAAAUAUGGCUAACAUGAUGGACAUUCUCCAUUUUCUUUGAGACAGUCCACCCAGAGCCCGAAGAGUUUCAGAAGUUUUUUUCUUUUUUUUUUUUUUUGGGGCGGGUGGAGAUAUGGAACAGAGCUCCGAAAUUCACAGUUUUUUUUUUUUCCCUUCUCUGUUUUUCUCCAAAGAUGAUUAUUAUUUUUAGACAAAGACUUGCUUUUUGGGUGUGUUUAUGUCAGCUAUUUAAAACGGUACUUCUAAAGGCCGCCUGUAUCUUUUCGUGUACUAUGGGGGACGUGUGUGGCUGUGAGGCGACACAAAUUUAAACCGAUUUUUCUUCCCUUUGGAUACAACAGCCCAUUCUCAGGUGAACGAAUUCAAAAGCUCGUCGUCGUAUUUGGAAUAUGGACAACAGCAGUUUCCCCCACCAGCCACACAGCACCACACACUCUUCUUCUCAUCGACUCGGUUCAUGUAUUGAAAUAUUUAACAGCGGGAUGCUGUUUAUUUCAAUAUGUUGCUGUUUUUUUGCAUAUUGAAAUGUUUUUGCAGUAUCAUUGUCUGUGUUGAAGGAUUUAGGCGUUCCUCCCCCCAUGUGUCCUUUUGGAGUGCUGCUGUAAUUUAGUGCUUUAGUGGUUGAAGACGACCUGCUUGUUCCCCACAUUGACUCGAGGACCUUUAAGUAAAAGCAACGGUGUGAUCAGCUUCUAAAACAACUGGAGCAACGGCCACGUGUCCUUUUUUAUUUAUUUUUUUUGGCACGGCCGAGUCUAUCUGAGCAGAGAAAAGCAAGAACUGAUUUUUGAAUUUACCCGCUUUUGGUUUUUAACAUAUUUGCUCUUGUUGUGAAGCUUCUUUGAUUAAUUGCAGUCGACUUCAGCAGCGCGCGCGCAGCCGGACAGGGUAGAUGAUCAUUUAUUAAAAGGUUAUUUGUAAAUAUGACUGUUCAUGCGAGAAGUGAAUUACAUUUUUCAAACCGCAUAGUGUUUCGGGAUGCCAACAGCUCAGUUUCAUUGCGAUUUUAGUUUUAUUCCUUCGAAAUGGACCCACAGGUGAGAGAACAUGAAAGUGCUACUGAGAUUUAACCACAGUCACUCCUGUCCAGAGGGGACAGAUCUGCACAGUGUUUACACACAGGUAACCCGUCUCCACAUGCAGGGACUCCAGAGGUGUCAGCCGGUAAACAUUUACCUGAGCUGGCUAAAGAAUUCUUUUUUUUUUUUUUAUUGUUACAGAAGGUUAAUGGAUGUAUGUAUGAACUGUCACAAUAAAGUUGGAGUUUUUGAAAGCC